GCAUCCACCUGUUGGUUGUUUCCUCCCAGAAGAAGCCUGCUCUUCCGGACCCUUUGCUGCUGCUUCCACGUGAGUCGGAGCUUCACGGCAGAGAUGGAGCCUGCAGGUCUGGAUCCUGACCCGGAUGAGGGGUUCGGAGCCUUCGUGGCUUUGCAUGGGGGGGCCCUGCGGUCCUCAGGGGUCCCUCAGCUCUACUGGAGGAGCCUCUACCGCAAGAUCACUGAAGAGGUUUAUGAUGCUGGAGAAGUUUUUGGAAUAAUGCAGGUCCAGGAGGAUGAGGAGGAUGAUGAAGAACCUGGAGAGGAAGAGGAGGAGAGAAAGAAGGGGAACCCAGGGGCUGUGAUCAGGUGUAAAGUGGUGGUUACCAGGGCAACGGGACUGCAGGUCAACGAUCCAAGCAGUCCCUCCAUCAUCUCCACAGAUGAAGUUAGCCGUGACUACGCCUACGGAGAAACCGACCCGCUGCUGCGGCGCUGCCGACUGUUACCAUGGAGACCGGAUGACCUGGAGGGAGUGAGCAGCACCGUCUCUGAGCCCCCAGACUCCUACUAUGAGGCUAUCGCACGAGAGAACAAGGAGCAGCUUCCUGUGGAGAUCCAACCUUCCUCUGUUCCCAAAGAUAAAAUCCUCAAAGUCUUCACUGAAAUGUCCCAAGUCAGGAACAACCUGACUCAUCCUCGUUUCCUUCUGACGGAGGAAGAGGAGGAGGCCGAUGUCAUCUGGAGCUACGAUCACAUCAAGGACUCCAGGAGGUUGAGUGCAGAGCGGCCGGACGUUUUGCUGAACCAGUUCCCCUGUGAGAGCGUGCUGACAGUGAAGGACUGUCUGGCUGCUGUGGCUCGCAGGGUCAAAGGCGGCCCCCCCCCUGACUGGCUCCCAGUGACCUUCAACCUUCAGACGGAGCUCCCACAGUUCAUCAAACAUUACCAGCUGAGAGAGCAAAGUGGGGAGGACAACCACUGGAUCUGUAAGCCAUGGAACCUGGCCCGAGGUCUGGACACACACAUCACCCGGAACCUGGACUACAUCAUCCGGCAGAGAGAGAGCACGCCAAAGGUGGUGUGUAAGUACCUGGAGGACCCGGUUCUGUUCAGCAGAGAGGAAAUAGGGAUGGUGAAGUUUGACAUCCGCUACAUGCUGAUGCUGCGCUCGGUGCAGCCUCUGUGUCUCUACGUCUACGAUGUGUUCUGGCUCCGCUUCGCCAACCGGCCGUUCUCCUUGGAUCGUUUUGAUGACUACCAGAAGCACUUCACUGUCAUGAACUACGCAGAAGGAGCGCAACUUAAACAGGUCCACUAUGAUGAGUUUAUCCCCAUGUUUGAGAGGCAGUACCCUCAGCAUCCCUGGAAGGAUGUGGAAGCUAGUUUAUUUAAAGCCUUCAAGGAGCUCUUCCAAGCUGCUUCGUCUCGACCUCCUCCGUACGGCCUCUGUCCCUAUCCUUCAUCCCGGGCCAUCUACGCUGUGGACCUCAUGCUGAAGUGGGACCAAGGUCCAAAUGGUGAGCGGAUCAUGCAGCCUCAGAUCCUGGAGCUGAACUUCAGCCCUGACUGCGCGCGGGCCUGCCUCUACCAUCCGGACUUCUACAACCACAUGUUUCAGACGCUGUUCCUGGAUCAGCCCGAGGGCUGCCCUGUCACACGGAUAGCAUGAACAAUGUUUGGAAAUCUGUCCAAUGACUGGAGCAACACUAGGAGAAAAUAAACAUCUUUGCUUCCUCCCUGCCAUCGUCUCAUUUUCUAACCAGUCCUACAGCCCUGAUGGCGUGGGCUGCCGGGCAGGCAGGCUGGGCCUGUGGGCACCGGUCCGCAUCACAUAGGCUGCCAAUGUCCGUCGAAGAUAAGCUGGUUCUCUAGUUGAGAACCAAAGAGCUUCUUUAAACUCGCCUCCUCCACUGAUACCGUCGGCCAUCACAGAUCUGCUGCAGGUGGCGGGUCACACUGAUGGAGCUAAAGCUUCUUCUCCGACAGUGAAGCUUAAACUGGAAACGGUGUAAAGAAGUUAGAUGAAUGUAUAAAAACAUUCCCCUCCUCCAGGGGGAGAAGCAGCCUGACCAUGGAGCAGAUCCAGAGGAUAAUCAUGUGUUAUGAUGCAGUCAAAGCCCUGAGCAGGAAUCUGUGGCAACACAGAGAAACAGUUUAUAGAUGUUGGUCAUCUCAUUGAGGUUACGCUCAUGGUAGAAGGUUUGAUACACUAAGUAUUAGUUAAACUUAAUAUACUGAUGCUAUGAAACAGCCAGCGUGUGUCAAAGUGAUGAAUUCGUUUUAUUCUAAAAGAUGUUUGAUGCCGUAAGGCAGACUGUUUACAUUCCAGCUGGUCUGAUUAGGGAGUACCAAUAUGGCGGCCGGUGGCUUCAUUCCACCCUGUACUGCCAAUGGACAAGCAGCAAUCCAGUGAAUGCAAACGCACAGCAGUGCAGUUGUUUGGGGGGGUUAGCCGCUAACGCUAGCAUUGCCUUAUGGAUUAUUAAAUAAUGCUAAGCUACAGGAACAGACCUCAUG